ACCAAAUGGAGCUCUACUGGUACAUAGUUGUGAUCGUCUUCAUCGUCAUAAAGAUAUUCUUCUACGUGUGCUGGUACCGGUCAAGACAGAGGCAGCUGGCUGCGUACCUGAGCAACACACGCAAUGCACAGAUAGUGAUUGUCGGAGGAAGGGCGUACCUUCAUCAGACGUGUGAGAGACAAAGCCAAACGUCGGUGUGGCCCAGUUGGUAUGGCGUCCAGGACGAUGUGUCCAUGGAGGAACCCUCCACAGCUCUGCCACCGGCCGUGUCCUACCCCCAGCUGGAAAUGCCCCCACCGUACGAGGCAGUCUCUGCAGAGGAUGAUCUGAAGCCCCCUCCCUACAACGAGUGCACCCAAAGCGAUGAGGCCGACGCUCCCCGUCCCUCCCAGGACACUCCUCUCAUUCCUGACGGAGAAGACUUGGUUCGCAUCAAUGAAGCCCCGCCCCCUUACACGCUGACUCCGCCUACACCCGUGGGUCAACGAGGCGGUCCGGUCAGCCCCAGUGAGCCUCUGCUGGAGAGCAGAGCCCCUUAA